UAGCUGUCAGCUUAAACUACUAUCAUAGAAGCAAAUUUCUUUGAAAUACGUAACCUUAGUAUAAAACUCUUGUUUUUUCUCAAUUCCAACUAGCAUCAAAAAUUUCAUUAAGCCAUUGCUACUAUCUAGUUUCAGAAACAAGCGACAUUUUAUGAAAUAAAUGUUGCUAUUUAAUCUGUGUUGAAUUUGUAGCAAUACAUAUCAGCUUACCCUAAAAGCAUAUUUUUAGCCAUAUUUUGGUAAAUCUAAAUCAUGAAAUGACCUAAGUAAACUCAGAAGCAGUCUGUCUGUGAAUACGCCUUAAAGAUGCUAACCUCUAUAGCUAGGUUUAAGACCAACGUGAAUCCAGAAACAACCUGCUUGUAAAUACGUCUCAUAGACGCUAAGCUGCAUAAUUAGGCUUAAGGUCAAUGUGAACUCUGAAACAACGUGUCUAUAAAUACGCUUCAAGAACGCUAAUCUCUAUAAUUAGGCUUAAGAUCAACAUAAACUCAUAAAAUACCUGUCUGUAAAUACGCCUCAAAAACGCUAAGCUCUAUAGUUAGGCUUAAGACUAAUGUGACCUCAGAAACAACGUGUCUGUAUAUAUGCUUCAGAAACGCUAAGCUCCAUGAUUAGGCUUAAGACUAACAUGAACUCAGAAACAACCUGUCUGUUAAUACGCCUCGGAGACGCUAAACUCUAUAAUUAGGCUUAAGACCUUCGUCAACUCAGAAGACACCUGUUUGUAAAUACGCCUCAGAGACGCUAAACUCUAUAAUUAGGCUUAAGACCUUCGUUAACUGAGAAGAUACCUGUCUGUAAAUACCCCUCAGGGACAUUAAGAUCCAUAAUUAGGCUUAAGAAAGUAGAACUUCUUUUUGAUUAAACAUUCUUUGAUUUGGUUUUGAGAGGCUGUCAUCUCCUUUCCUAUCACGUCUCGAUAAAACUGUCCUUAGAUUACAUGCGUGAACACAGCGUUACACAUUGUUACACAUCGUAAUGAUCGAUGAACUCCAGCUGUCUUCAUUAAAUCCAUGUACUAGUGGAAAGUUAAAAAAAAGUAUCAAAAUGUGCAAGAUUUUGCCCAAGGUAGUAAACUGUCUUGUUGUACGAAAAAUCUGGCCUCAAUAUGCAUAUUUGUGACUAUAUGUAGGAAUUUACCCGUAAAAUUAUGCCUCUCUUUUCUGCGCUGGAACAAGUAGAAAGCAAAGCCUUCACAUAUAACAGGCUCGUCGCUGACGAAUAUUGAUUGGACUUUCUUUUUUUAUCUCUUGUCGCCUGAGUAGCACCAGAGAGAGAGAGAGAAAGAGCGCACGCAGAUAUUCAUUCCGUGAUAGAAUCACUACAGCGAGGAAUCAGCGCUUCUCGGGCGUAGUGUGGUACAACAUCGAGUGAAGACAGUUCGCGGAUUCGUUCUCUUCAAGCAACCGUUACGACUCUGGUAAUUUCUUUUUAUCGGUUAAUAAAUCAUUCGGACGAAGAUUUUCCACUCCACACAGAAGCGAGUACAUAGUAUAUCAUAGGAAGAGAGUCCUGUGGCUUCUGCAGAGGAGAAGCAGCAGUGUCAGUCAGGUCAAGGACCCAUGAGUGAACUGUGACGUCAUAAAGCUAAACUGUUCUUUAAACGACAAGGCUAGAAUCACGACAGACAGACAAGCGCAAGCAUCCGCACGAGACUACCACGGUAUCGGACAACAUGGCACAGCUACGACAGGAGUGGGACGGGGGGAAGGAGCGGGGGAUGCAGAGGAAACGCCAGAUGGAAGGCCUGUUGAUUGAUAGACGCAGCUUUGAAGAUCGUAAACGAGACUUGGAAACAUGGCUGGAUCGGACCGAGACAAAAGUAGAAAGACUGCCCCCUGUUGGUCAAACUUUAGACGUUCUCGAAGUUCAAGUAAAAGAGCAAAAGGUUCUUCAGAAUGAACUCCACCAAUGGAAGCCAGCGUUAGAAAGUCUAAGCCGAUUGGUUGACAAGUUGACCAGUGAAAUUUCUCACGACGAAACGUUACGGCUUCGGGAUAUGACUGACCUAAUUUACCAGAGAUACGCCGAACUAUCUUCACGUAUCCAGUCAAGAAGUAAAGCUCUACAAAAAGCCCUCAACUCUCUACAACAACUGGACAAAGCCCUGGACAGAUUUCUAGCAUGGCUUUCAGAAGCUGAGUCCACGUUCGAGAUUCUGGAAUUGGAAUCAGAGAAAUAUGGUCCGCGAGAAGACAUGCAAUGUGUCAGAGGAUGGCCAGAACAAGUCAGGGAGCUUCAAAGGGAGAUCGAGAGCCAGCGUGACCUUCACUUGACCCUAAACGAGCGAAGUGGUCAACUUCUUCAGAGCUUGGAAAGUCAAGAUGAUGCGCUGCUGUUGAGACGAAAACUGGAGGAAAUGAACCAACGUUGGAACGCUUUACGUCUCAAAACUGCCUCUCUCAGGAAUCGUCUUGAAAGCAGUGCAGAACAGUGGAAUCAAUUACUCCUUUCUUUACGAGAGCUUACCGAAUGGGUUAUAAAGAAAGAAACCGAACUAGCCGCCCAACCAGCCCUUGGUGGUGACGUCACCAGCAUUCUCAAACAGCAAGAUGAACAUCGCGCAUUUCGUAGACAGCUGGACGACAAGCGCCCUGUGAUCGAGAGUAGCCUCCUGGUGGGAAGACAGUACGUUGCUAAGGAACCACCGUUAUCAGACACUAGCGAUUCUGAAGCUAAAGACUAUGAGACAGAAAGUAGGGGUUACCGUAGUGCAGAAGAACAAGCAAGGGAAAUUACCCGCAGCAUCAGGAGAGAGGUGAAAAAGCUUUCGGAUAAGUGGAACUCUCUUUUAGCCCACACUGAACAGCGCCAUAAAUGGAUGGAUGAUGUUUUAACGAAAAUGCAGAUUCUCCAACGAAUCAUGGAAGAAAUGAACUCACGCCUCCUAGCGGCCGAAGCUACCAGGUCUAGAUGGCCACCAAUUUCUGAAUUCGUCUUAGACCAGAUGCAAGGACACUUAGACGAAAUACGGGGUUUCAAAGAAAGAGUCACUCCAUUACAGCGGUAUUUAGAAGAUGUAAACGAAGCAGCCGGUCGUAUAACAGGAUGCAACGUUCUACUCUCCCACGCUAAUCUUAAUCGACUUGAAGAACUAAACACUAGAUGGCGCCUCUUGCACUUGGCUAUUGAAGAUAGACGUAAACAGUUAGAAUCUUCUUUGAAAGAUCAGAGUACGAUACAACAGUUUCUGAACGCUUCAGUGGAGGAGCCAUGGGAACGAGCUGUUUCGGGAAACAAAGUGCCUUAUUACAUCAACCACCUAAGCGAGACCACACACUGGGACCAUCCCAAAAUGGUAGAGUUAAUGGAGUCAUUAGCCAAAUACAACAACGUUAGGUACUCUGCCUACAGGACUGCUAUGAAACUACGCACUGUACAGAAAGAGUUGUGUUUGGAUCUUCUGAAUUUGAACAACCUCAUCAAUGCAUUUGAUCAGCAUGGUCUUCGAGCUCAGAAUGACAAACUUAUAAGUAUCACUGAAAUGAUCACAUGCCUUUCAACGAUCUACGAGGGCACGUCCAGCGAACCAGCCUCUUUAGUCAAUAAACCUCUGAGUAUAGAUUUGUGCUUAAACUGGCUUUUGAAUUUGUUUGACACCUCUACUAGAACUGGCUAUAUUCGUAUUCUGUCUUUUAAAGUCGGCAUUGUUCUACUGUGUCAGGGAAGUCUGGAGGAUACAUUUAGGUGUAAGUACUAUACGAACCUUGCUAUUAUUCCCAGGUUGUUGGGAGAAGUUGCAGCAUUUGGUGGUAGCAACAUCGAGCCCAGUGUACGAAGUUGUUUUGAAAAGGGAGGCAAUAAGGAAGAGAUUCAAGUCACCCACUUCAUCAGCUGGCUUCAACAUGAACCACAGUCUUUGGUGUGGCUCCCAGUUCUACACAGACUUAUUGCUGCAGAAAAUGCAAAACAUCAAGCUAAGUGUAACAUCUGUAAACAGUAUCCAAUUAUUGGAUUCAGAUACCGAUGUUUGAAAUGCUUCAACUUUGACCUCUGUCAGAACUGUUUUUUCUCGGGAAGAAAAGCCAAGAGCCACAAAUUAUCUCAUCCAAUGCAGGAAUAUUGUGUGACGACAACUUCUGGUGAAGACAUGCGUGACUUCACAAGGAUAGUCCGCAAUAAAUUCAAAUCUAAACAACAUUUUAAGAAGCAUCAUCGGAUGGGUUAUCUUCCUGUUCAAACAGUACUCGAAGGAGAUGAUUUGGAAAGCCCUGCACCAUCUCCACAACAGUCAGUUUCAUCUAAAGAAAUGCAUUCUCGUCUAGAGCUGUAUGCCAACAGGCUUGCAGAAGUAGAAUUGCGUACCCAGAGUAACUCCACACCUGAUUCAAGUGAGGAUGAGCACCAACUGAUAGCUCAGUAUUGUCAAACACUCUCUGGAGAAAGUGUCCUGUCUGUUCCUCGCAGCCCAGCCCAAAUUAUGGCAGCCAUAGAUGCUGACCAUCAAGAGGAGUUGAAGACAAUGAUUCAUGAACUAGAAAAAGAGAACAGAAAUCUCCAUGCCGAGUAUGAGAUUCUCCAAGUUAAACAGGCUGCACAAGAACUGUCACCGUCAGUCACAGAAGAUGACUAUGUGGAGAUCCCACCCACUUCUAGUAGUAAUGAAGAAAUGGUGGCUGAAGCUAAGCUCUUGAGGCAGCAUAAGGGCCGACUUGAAGCCAGGAUGCAGAUACUGGAAGAUCACAACCGCCAGUUGGAAGCUCAAUUACAACGGCUCCGACAACUUCUGAAUGAACCAUCUUCCAGUUUAUUACGUAGUAACUCUGUAUCGUUACAGAGUAGUCCUUAUACGACUCCUCAACCUUCUCUUACCAGAGGACGAAGCUUGUCUUCUGACCACACAGCUUGGAGAAAUGGUACAGCUCCAGAAUCAGGUGCAGGAUCAGCUGGAGUAAACAGUCUGUUCCACAUGGCAGGUAGUCUUGGCAAAGUUGUGGGGACUUUAGUCAAUGUGAUGACUGAUGAUGAGGAAGGAAGUGGUUCAGAAGACAUCAAACAUUGACGAAAACUUAGCAUAGUCCUCUUGGUGAUGUUAUUUGACUGAUGAUGUGGAAGGAAGUGAUUCAGACAACGUGAAGCAUCUUGGUGAUGUUAUUUACUUAAGCAGAUUGGAAGAAGACAUGUACUUUGUACUGUUUUAAUAUUAAAGUAAAGAGUAGGACUUCGACACGAGCGAGAAUUGAAUAUCAGCAUUACUAUCUGUUGAAGCUUUGAUUAUCAACAUUGCUAUCUGUUGAAGCUUUCCUUCAUCUGUGUUACAAAACCUCUUUUCCAAAACUUAGUAUAGUUCUCUUGGGGAUGUUAUUUGACUGAUGAUAUGGAAGGAAGUGGUUUAGACGACGUUAAACAUUGUCAAAAGCACAAUUAUCUUGGUGAUGUUAUUUGACUGAUGAUGUGGAAGGAAGUGGUACUAUCUGUUGAAGCUUUGAAUAUCAACAUUAUUAUCUGUUGAAGCUUUCCUUCAUCUGUGUUACAAAACCUCUUUUCCAAAACUUAGCAUAGUUCCCUUGGGGAUGUUAUUUGACUGAUGAUAUGGAAGGAAGUGGUUUAGACGACGUUAAACAUUGUCAAAAGCACAAUUAUCUUGGUGAUGUUAUUUGACUGAUGAUGUGGAAGGAAGUGGUUUGGACAAUGUGAAACAUCUUGGUGAUGUUAUUUACUUAAGCAGAUUGGAAGAAGACACAUACUUUGUACUGUUUUAAGAUUAAAGUAAGGAGUAGGACUUCGACACGAGCGAGAUUUGAAUAUCAGCAUUACUACCUGUUGAAGCUUUGAAUAUCAACAUUAUUAUCUGUUGAAGCUUUCCUUCAUCUGUGUUACAAAACCUCUUUUCCAAGAGCAGCAAAUUCAUAGUUUUCUCCUACCUGUCUUUUCCUAUAAAGCUGUUCUACUGCCAGUUUCCUACAACGUGAAUAUAUAUAUGUGUUUGUGAUUAUCAAUUUGCUUAUUAGAAUUUUUUGUAAGGGGUAGUAAUACCACUAAAACAUCUUUCACAAACAUUUGGAGUUUCUCUGAAGAUUUUCAUAUUUCAAACUGGUUUCUCGUAAUAUUGGUGUUCAUUACAUGAUUUCCCCCGUCACUGCUGUCCUCAAGGUUUGUGACUCUAACUGAUUACCUGUAUAUAAAUUAAAAGAUGUCUACCAAUCAAAAGUAUUGAAUUUGCUUUUAUCAUUUUCACAUUUUAUUAUGAAAGCUUGUUUCUUGUAGUAAUAUUAUGUGUAAAUUGUUACUAAUUUAACUGUUAGUUGAUACAUAAGUUAUUUAUAACAAUUUUCACAUUCUCCCUAAAUCUUAAGAUACUCAUUUUAUGAUAUCUGUAAUGUGAAGUGUCUGUUCUUCCAUUGUAGACAGUUUUCCUCUAAAUGGUUUACAAAAAUUAUCAACUGAGACACUAUAUCUAAAGCAGUUGUUAAAUUUUGUUUAUCAAUAUAUUUCUUGACAUUAUUAAGUUCCAACUGUUUUCUUGCAUACUGAAGGAACAAUGGAGUUCAGUGGACAAAAAAAUAAUUAGAAUUGCUUUACUAAAAGUCACUGUAGUGAGCUGGUAGGUUGAAAUUACUUUUAAUUACAAUAGCGGACCACUUUGGAUCAACUCUGCAUCAGUGUAAUAGUUUUCUCAUUGAUCUCACGUUAUUUGAUCAAAGCUAUUGACUGAUUACAUAAUUGUUAUUAAUAAACUGAUUAUAUAGUAGCUGUUGAUUACUUG